AUGUUCGAACAACGAUUCAAGAUAUUUUUAAUUUUAUUUGUUUCUGUUGAACACGCGAUAAGUUUUCAAGUGUUUAAACUAAAUACCGGCCCAUACAGGAAAGACUUGGCUAAGCAAUUAAAAGAUAUUCUUCAUGAAGAUGCUAAUAAGAGUACGCCAAAAUAUAGUAAAAAUAAACUCUAUUUCCACGAUAAACCAAAUUUUAGACGUGCGUUCAGUAAUGACCUUAGUAAAAAUUCCUUCGGUAACUCGCGGUUGGUCAGCAGAAUUAUACCACAUGGCUACCGAAGCGGUAAAUACGAGUAUGACAGCAAAUUAAACACUAUAUACAAACCAUUAAUAAGGUUUCAUGUAAAGAAACCAGUAAAAAAAAUUGAAGAAUUAUUAGACAACUCAAAUGAGAAAACAAAAGUGAUUGGUUAUGCAGUUAUAAUACGCAAAAAUGAUAAUUUGUUUAAAAAGAAGAAAAAUAAGAAAUCCAAACUAAUAUCUUUUCAAAUCGUUGAUUUAGAAAAUAUGAUGAGAAGUGGAAAAGAAAUAGCGGAAGCUUUGAUGGACAAGUCUGGUGAACAAUUAGAUGAAUUGGCGCCAGGCAGUAUCCCUAUUUCGCAUGAUUCAAUGGAAGUAAUCACUGUACCACCUACAGUGAUAGCAGCAUACCCAUUUUGGAACUAUUGGACGUACGCUAAAACCAUUCACCAAGACGACUGUGAAGGCCAGCUGGUGAAAUUAGGCAACGUGUGUAUAUUCCCGUCUGGACACCGAAGGAAAAUGGUCCCAUAA